AUGAUGAAAAAAAUAGUCUUCUGUUGGCUCUUUUAUUUAGAAAUUUUCCGUAUUUUAGGAGCUUUUUGUUAUUCUGAAGAGGAUUUCUCUUUGAAUCUUGAAAAUAGGGAUAUUUUGCUCGAAAUUGGGGAUGAAAACCGAUCAUUUAUGCCGAUGCUAGAAACGUUGAGUUUAUUGGCAAGAAAGCCCUCUUGUUUCCGGUCAGCCGCCUCGUCUCUGAUUUCUUUAUGCAAAGAAUUAGAUUCUGACCUUCACGAGGCAGAAAAAUCAGCGUUUGCAGUUAAAUUGACGCUUUGUGAGUUAGGAACAGCACACGCAGAAGUACCGGCAGCAUGCCACCAAGAAAGUCUUGAAAAAUGUGUUAAGGAGCUUGAGACACGUCCUCAGUGGUGGACGAGUUAUUCUGGAUAUUUUAGAGAUGUUACGCGCAUGUGUUAUGUUGCUCGAACGGAGGUGGAGAAAGAUCAAUUGCUUGCUUUACAUCGAAACCUGACAUAUGCUCAAAUGACUAUGCUUCGUAAUUUGAGGAGAGAAAUGGAUGAUAUUGAUCUGAGGAUGUAUGAUAAGUAUAAGUUCGAACAUAUGUGGCAAGAUUUUCAAGAAGAUAUGGAGCGCAAUAUGUUGAUAAUGCGAAAUGAAAUUAAAGAAAUGGAAAAAAAAAUGAAUUUUUUAUUAUCGAUGUUUACGGACUCAAUUAAUGUAUCUAUUGAAGAUGUUAACAAGAAAUUGUAUAGAGUUACUACAGAUUUGGAUAAAGUUGUCGAAAAAGUUGAAGAAGCGGGUUCUCACUUGGAGAAGGAAAUAAAAGAUAUUGGUUUAUCUUCCCGUGAAAUGUGGAGUACAGCAGGGGAAACUGUUUUAGAUAGUUUCGAAUCGAUAAAAAAGAUGAAUAAUGAUCUAUCAAAUAUUCAGCGCAAUAAUCUAGACUCGAUUGUUAAUCUUUUGAAUAAAAUAUUUAUAUCUUUGGAUUUCUCUUUUGGAUCUAUUGAAGGUCUUUCUCGACAAAUAUUAUCUACAUCUACGGUUGCUGAAACUUUUUCAAAAACAUUGAAAAAUUUAACACAUUUAUACAAUGAUUUGUUUUCAUCUAUGUCUUCUAUUGAGGCUUUGCAAUCAAAAAUUGGGAAUGGGUCUCUCUCAACCAUUAGGUCUAUGUCUGCUUUGGUAAAUGAAACAAUGGAUAGUUUAUUAGAUCAAAUACAACAACUUAAAGAUACCACAAAAAAUGCUCAAAACCAUAUAUAUUCUUGGAUAUUUUCGAAAAUACCUUAUGCGCUUAUGUGUUUCUUUAUUUUUUUUUCCCCGAUGUAUAAAUCUAUAGGGAUAUCUUUAGUUUUUUUAUAUUAUUUUUGGAGAAAGUUAAUUACAUCUAUCGAACAUUGGAAUAUUUUGAAUUUAUCAUAUUGGCCAUAUACAAUUUUGAAUAUUUAUAGAAAUAUUAUUUGUUUUUUAGUUUUUUUUGCUUCUGCUUCUUUUUUUGUAUAUUUUCUUAAAAAAUAUAGGAAAUUUACCCAAUAUUCAAUACCCUCUUUUUAUAAAGUUUAUCAGGAAUUAUUUAAAAUUAAUCAAAAUCCAAGUUGGCAACGUCUUUCUGCAGCUAAAAAAACAAAUAGAAUUUCACGUAUUUUUUAA